AUGAGUGUCGAUGAUGUUGGGUUUCUUUCUUUGACCCAUUUUUGUGAUAAGCAUGGUCCGAAGGUUCUAAUGGUUACGCAAAUAGCUUCUGAUCUGGAUAGGUGUAAUGAACUAUUGUUACCAGAGUAUCCAAAGGAUUCGUACUGUGACUCAUGUUUGUUGAGACUUCCAGAACCAAAAUCAGAUGCAACGUCUAUCAGAUCAAGUAUUGACGAUUUCUAUAGCGUAUCGACGCAGUACUCCUCGAUAAGGUACCAAUUGCUCAGUAUGAUUAUCAAGAAAACGUUCUCAGAAGAGACAAUGAGUUAUGAUGGUUCGCCGUUCAUGUUUUGUGAUGAACACAGAGGCCUCAAUUUAGCGGUUGGCUUUAAGCUGGAAGAUGUACAUGCUCGUGGUAACGAGAGACGGUAUUGUUUAAUAUUAAGCUUGGAGAAAAGGAAUCCAUGCGAUGGUAACGACGUAUUUAAAACAUUGUCUGAUAAUUGGCAAUUUAUCAUUGAGUCCUUGUCCAAAUUGAUAGAUCAUAUUAAGAUACAGGCAAGAGAACAGUUAAACAGAAGACAGACUGAUUUUGCGCAAAUCAUGGGAGGGACCUACCUCAGAGAAAAUAAACAAAAACUUCCCGUUAGUUUAGCUGAUAUCGUUAACGAUCAGUUAAUCUUUCUAAGAAUUCACAAAUGGAAUACGUUCAUAUUAACAAGAUUAAAGGCAGUUCAAGUAGAGACAGUGGAUUCGGAUGGUCCUAAAGGUGCAGUCAAGCCUUAA